GGUCCACGUUGGCAUAACUUUGCCCUGAAAUUUGGUUGUGCUGUGAUUAUACUUCUUGCCUUGACUGUGACUGGGUUGAGUGUUUCAGUGAUACUCAUAAGACAAAAUACAUCAAUAGAAAAAACCAGCAUGGAUGCUCAAGAGAAUGGGAAGGAAGCAACAGAGAGACCAGUUCUGUUAAGGUGUCCAAUGCACUGGCAACAAAUCCGAGAUAAAUGCUUAUAUUUUAUUGAAACUUCCAAACCUUGGAAUGACAGUCUAGCUGACUGUUACACAAGAGAAUCCAGUCUACUGCUUAUUCAAGAUCAUGAAGAAUUGAGACUCAUACAAAACCUGAUAAACAAAAGAGGAAUUCUGUUUUGGAUUGGAUUGAACUUUACAUUAUCAGAGAAGAACUGGAAGUGGAUAAAUGGAUCCAUUUUAAAUUCUAAUAUGUAA